AGGGCUGAACCGCGGAGCAAGUUUGAAUGAAGUCGGUGUGACUUGCAGCAGCUAUAAUAAUAAUAAUAAUAAUAAUAAUAAUAAUAAUAAUAAUAUAUACAUAAUCACAGAGAGAAGAUGUGCACUGAGCUGGAGUGUGGAAUUUGCUACCGGGCUUUCAACCGAACCCGCCGCUGCCCGAGAAAGCUCGAUUGCAGUCACUCUUUUUGCGAGAGGUGCCUGGUGACUUUAGCCGGUCCGCCCGGAUCAGACACAGAGGAUAACGACGAGAACCUGCGGGGUUCGCCGGAGUCCGGUCCGGACGCGGAGGCUCGCGUUGUUUGCCCGCUGUGCCGCCGCAGCACCUGGAUCCCCUCGCCUGGAGCAGUCCGGCGGCAGCUUCCCCUGGACGAGGCGGUUCUGGAGCGCAUGGAGGCGGGCGGGGUGCAGGACGAGGAGGGGGAUAGCGAAGGGGAGGAAGCGGCGGACUCCGCGGCAGACGGUUCCUCCAGUGCCGGGUCGAACAAACCCAAGUUCUGGGGGGUCGUGAAGCGUUUUUGGAAGAAACACAGUAACGGCAACAGGAGACACAACAAUCGACAGAGAAUCUGUUGCACUUCAGAGGAUCUCAAAGACAUCGCCCUCAUGACGUGUUACUCCAUGAUUUAACCACGCCGGCGAAAGCAAGGAGCAGAAAAACAAAA